AUGGGGACAGGGAAUUCGAAAGAAAACUGGAGACAGGAGUCUUCGUCAUCGUUUAGGUCAGCUCCAGCUUCAUCAGCAUCACCACCACCAUCUUCAUGGGCUUCUCAACAAAGCUAUCCUCAGUAUGGACCAGAAAGCUAUAACUAUCCUCCUCCACCUUCAUAUCCUCCACCUCCCGAGUAUUCGCAGCCUCCUCCGCCUUCAUAUAGUUCUCAGCCUUACUCAUCUCCGCAGCCUUUUCAAAGUCAUGGCAGUGGUAAGAAGAAGUUGGAACGGAAGUAUUCAAGAAUUGCUGAUAAUUACUCUUCUUUGGAGCAGGUUACAGAGGCUCUUGCGCGUGCGGGUCUAGAAUCUUCAAAUCUCAUUGUUGGUAUUGACUUCACUAAGAGCAACGAAUGGACAGGGGCCAGGUCCUUCAAUAAGAGAAGCUUACACUUUAUAGGCAGUAGUCCGAAUCCUUACGAACAAGCGAUAACAAUCAUAGGAAGAACUUUAGCCGCCUUUGAUGAGGACAACUUGAUUCCAUGUUAUGGUUUUGGAGAUGCAUCAACACAUGAUCAAGAUGUGUUUAGCUUCAAUUCAGAGGAUAGAUUCUGUAAUGGAUUUGAGGAAGUACUUGCUCGGUAUAAGGAGAUUGUGCCUCAGCUUAAGCUCGCAGGACCAACCUCUUUUGCUCCGAUCAUCGAUAUGGCCAUGACCAUUGUUGAACAGAGCGGUGGGCAAUAUCAUGUCCUAGUGAUAAUAGCAGAUGGGCAGGUUACAAGAAGCGUUGACACAGAAAAUGGACAGUUGAGUCCGCAAGAACAGAAGACCGUGGAGGCUAUCGUACAAGCGAGUAAGCUUCCUCUAUCGAUCGUCUUAGUGGGGGUUGGGGAUGGACCAUGGGACAUGAUGAGGGAAUUUGAUGAUAAUAUCCCUGCCCGAGCUUUCGACAACUUCCAAUUCGUGAACUUCACAGAGAUCAUGUCAAAGAACAAAGCUCAGUCCUUGAAGGAAACAGAGUUUGCCCUUUCUGCUCUCAUGGAGAUUCCUCAACAAUACAAGGCGACGUUAGAGCUUAACCUUUUAGGAAGAAGAAAUGGGAAUAUCCCGGAAAGAUUUCCUCUUCCGCCUCCAAUGCAUGGUGGAUCAUCGUCCUACAACUCGCCAAAGGCUUCCGGUCUUCCCAGUUUCAAACCGAGUGUUCCCCCUUAUCCAACUGAAAGCUAUUAUCCCUUAAGGUCUAGCCCCACCCCACCCGCUACAACCUCUGCUUCCGAUAACCAGCUAUGUCCGAUUUGUCUGAGCAACCCGAAAGACAUGGCCUUUGGUUGUGGCCAUCAGACUUGUUGCGAGUGUGGACCGGAUCUUCAAAUGUGUCCUAUCUGCCGUGCACCGAUCCAGACAAGAAUAAAGCUCUACUAA